GACAACUUUGACAGGAUGACAUUUUGUGAACAAAAUGAAAACAUAAACAUGCUAUUUGUGUAAUUAACGGAAAAUUUUGGUGGCUUUUACUGACAUGGCGACAGACCAUAAAAAAGCGGUUUCCAAAGUGCCAAUGCGGGAAGGAAAGGAGAGGGGCUCUGUCAGUCGAUUAAAGAAGCUCAAACGAAGAAUCUCAGCCAGCUUUGGACGCCUCACCCUUUCCAAAGAUGAUACAAUCCAUGAAAGCGAUCAGGAGAGCCAGGACGAGCUGUUGACCAAUGGGGAGUCAUCAAAGGCCAGUUCUCUGUCCCCACCUGACCUGGCUCUCCAGCGUUGCACACACAAUGGGGAGUACGUGACCCACAACCACGGCUACAACCAACACUGUGGAGGCUACCAUACACUCGGUAGACAACCCUCAUAUACAGGUCAUCCUGCGAUAUACACAGGUAAUUCCCACACUACGGUGAGACGGCAUUACUCGGCGGGUGAUAUGCUGGAGGACCCGCAGUUGAGUGGCGGAGGAGACGCAAGAACCACUCGACCUCGCUCCGAAGGCCACAGAUAUAACAAGUCCUUCAACCAGAAACGCGCUUCCAGUUAUGCAGGGAACUCCCCAUAUGGAAGAGCAGAGUCAUACCAGAAACUGGAACAACUUGGUGAAGGUUCAUACGCCACAGUGUACAAGGGUAUUAGUAGCAUGACAGGUCAGGUGGUUGCGCUGAAGGAAAUCAGUAUACAGACAGAUGAGGGUGUACCCUUCACAGCAAUAAGAGAAGCCUCAUUACUGAAGGGCCUUAAGCACUCUAACAUCGUCACACUGCAUGAUAUAAUACACACCAAGGAGACACUAACCUUUGUCUUCGAAUAUGUACAUACAGAUUUAAGUCAGUACUUAGAAAAACAUCCCGGAGGGCUUAACACAUACAAUGUUAAGUUGUUCUUAUAUCAACUGCUCAGAGGGCUAGCUUACUGUCAUAAUAAACGUAUUUUACACAGAGAUCUCAAACCUCAAAACUUGUUAAUCAGCGAGAUUGGGGAACUGAAGUUGGCAGAUUUUGGUUUAGCGCGGGCCAAGUCCAUACCUAGUCACACAUAUUCCCAUGAAGUGGUCACGCUGUGGUAUAGACCACCUGAUGUACUCCUGGGAUCCACCAACUACUCCACGUCCUUAGAUAUGUGGGGUGUUGGCUGUAUCUUCACGGAGAUGUUUUCUGGGGUUGCCACCUUCCCGGGUAUGAAAGAUGCUUAUGACCAGCUGGAUCAGAUAUUCCGGAUUCUUGGAACUCCUACAGAGUCAACUUGGGAAGGCGUGACAAAACUGCCACAGUAUGACAAAAAGAAGUUUGUUGUGUACACGUACCAGGGUGUUACCAUGGUUAUCCCUAAGCUUGCCUACAUACCUCAUGCUGAAAGUCUUGUCAAUCUAUUCCUACAGAUGGACUCUAGGAAAAGAAUCUCAUCCCUUCAAGCCAUGAAGCACCAGUAUUUUUGUGAUCUGCCCCCAAAAAUUCAUGAACUACCUGAUGCCUCAUCCAUUUUCAACAUUCCUGGACUAAGCCUGUAUCCAGAACUGGAUGAGAUUCAGCCAUCAUCCGGGAAACCCACCCGUCGCUCACGGAUACGGACAACUUUGAAAGUAUGACGUGUCUGUGAAGGUUAAAUGACUCUCAAAGUUUGGUAUACAUACCACAGAAGGCAGUGCAUGUGUCAAACUUUACCCACUUUCCAAUACCGAUACGGACUACAUUGAAAGUAUGACAUGUCUACCAAGGUACCAUGACACUCUUAAAGUCUAACAUGUCUUAAGUCAGUUUGGGAUACAUACCACUCUGAAAGUCUGUAAAGGCUUAUUAAGUUUGGGCACCAAACAUUCUGACAAACUAUAAUGAAAGUCUGAGAAUUUGGUUUCCAGAGUGAAACACCAGCCAAAACAAAAUCAAGUCAGACAUGUCUGUGUAGUGUAAGAUUUCGAGACAUGGUUACUAAAUAGUGACUUUGAAAGUUUGAAUUUAACUGCCAAAAUGUGACAGACUUAUUUUCAGGCAUGUUAUGGUUCACUGUUGUCAUUAGAAAGAUGAAUGCAUACAAAAAAAGUAUGAAAAUACAUUCAUACAAUAUUAUAACCACUUGAAAUUGCUCCGCCAUUGGAAUUGAUGCCACCCACUAAUAAGUUGUAUGCUAUUUAACAGAAUUACCAGAGCUGACCGUGGAUUAUUCAUCACACAACAAACUUUUUAAUUUAGUGUUAGAAAUCCAGUGUAAUAUGUGAAAACAUCUGCAGUACAUUGAGUUAGCAAUAAUCUGUUGAUUCGCCUAUCUAGUCUCACCUUGAUUUUCAGUGUUAAAAAAAGAACCUAAGUUGGUAACCUAGGGAAACUAUAUUUUUUCUCUGUUUGUAAUUUUAAUCAAAUCAUCAUGCAAUCAUGGCAUAUUUUUUGCAUUUUUCAUUUGAAUAUUAUGACCUUAUAAAUCACAAUAUUUAUACACAUGUUAUGGUCCAUUUACAUGUACAUAGCUUCUUGGUGUUUAUGAUAUGCACAGCAAAUGAAAGUGUUUCAAAAAAGUUUGUUUGCAUUUGUGAAUUAUUGUCCCCUACCGUUGAGGCCGGAGGGGACUUCUGGUUUGCGCUCUUUGUGUCCGUGAGUCAGUCAGUCAGUCAGUCAGUCAGUCAGUCAGUCAGUCAGUCAGUCAGUCAGUCAGUCAGUCAGUCAGUCAGUCAGUCUGUCACACUUUUCUGCAUCCUAACUUUUAAAGUUCUUCAUAUUUUAUCAUGAAACUUGAAACAUGGAUAGAUGGCAAUAUGGAGACUAUGCACGUCAUUUCAUUUAGUUCCUAUGUCAAAAGUUCUGGUUGCUAUGGCAAGAAAUAUAUUUUUUUUAAUCUGACAAUGGUGGAGUUUCACUGGUAGGGGACCAUAUUGCGUGACAAUAGUCUUGUUUUUGCCCUAAUUCUUUUUUGUGCCACAAAAGGAAACUGUGCUAUUUUUAAAGAAACCAUCAAAAUAUUUAAAUGGUUAGAUUUACCUUCAAUACAUCAUAUACUUUAUGCCCAUUGCAAUCAGGUUCAAAAUCAGACAUCGUUCAAUACCAGAAAAUUUUAAUUACAAGCAUUUUUUUAUAAUCAGAAAACAAGUUUAUGACCAGACUCAGCUCAGUAACAGACAAUGUUCAAAACAAGACAUAGCUCAGUCACAGACUUAGUAUAAAACCAGACAUAGCUCAGUCACAAACAAGGUUCAAAACCAGACAUAGCUCAGUCACAGACACAGUUCAAAACCAGACAUAGCUCAGUCACAGACACAUUUCAAAACCAGACAUAGCUCAGUCACAGACACAGUUCAAAACCAGACACAGCUCAGUCACAGACACUGUUCAAAACCAGACAUAAGUCAGUCACAGACACAGUUUAAAACCAGACAAAGCUCAGUCACAGACACAGUUUAAAACCAGACAUAGCUAAGUCACAGACAUAGUUUAAAACCAGACAUAGCUCAGUCAAAGACACAGUAUAAAACCAGAUAUAGCUCAGUCAAAGACACAGUUCAAAACCAGACAUGGGUCAUUCACAGACACAGUUAAAAACCAGACAUAGCUCAGUCACAGACACAGUUCAAAACUAGACAUAGCUCAGUCACAGACACAGUUCAAAACCAGACAUAGCUCAAUCACAGACACAGUUCAAAACAAGACAUAGGUCAGUCACAUGCAUAGUUAAAAACCAGACAUAGCUCAGUCACAGACACAGUUAAAAACCAGACCUAGCUCAGUAAAACACACAGUUCAAAGACAGACAUAGCUCAGUCACAAACAAGGUACAAAACAAGACACAGGUCAAAGCCAGACAUAGCUUAGUCACACACAGUUCAAAACCAGACAUAGAUCAGUCACAGACACAGUUCAAAACCAGACAUAGCUCAGUCACAGACACAGUUCAAAACCAAACAUAGGUCAGUCACAGACACAGUUCAAAACCAGACAUAGCUCAGUCACAGACACAAAACCAGACAUAGCUCAGUAACACACACAAUUCAAAAUCAUACAUAGGUCAGUCACAGACACAGUUCAAAACCAGACCUAGCUCAGUAACACACACAGUUCAAAAACAGACAUAGCUGAGUCACAAACAAGGUUCAAAACAAGACACAGUUCAAAACCAGACAUAGCUCAGUCACACACAGUUUAAAACCAGACAUAGGUCAGUCACAGACACAGUUCAAAACCAGACAUAGCUCAGGUACAGACAUAGUCUAAAACCAGGCAUCGUUCAGUCGAAUACACAGUAAAAAAUAAGACAUAGCUCAGUCACCAACACAGUUCAAAACCAGACAUAGCUCAGUUACAGAGAUAGUUCAAAUCCAGACAUAACUGAGUCACAUACACAGUUCAAAAUCAGACAUAGGUCAGUCACAGACACAGUAUAAAACCAGACAUGGCUCAGUAACACACACAGUUCAAAAACAAAAAACGGAGACAAGACAUUCCUGAAACACACGUAAUAUUUGUAAUGAAUUGUGCACUUUCUGUCCUGUGGCAAGUCCAAUGAUACAAAUGUUUUUGUAAAAUGAAAUGUUCAUGGGUUUUCAUUUGAAUUGUUUGUAAAUCUAUGUUUGUUAAGUCAAGCCUCUGGUGUUGAAUUCCACUCUUGACUCAGGAUUUAUAUUUCAGAAAUCGUAGAACCUUGUGUCUGUCCUUUAUGUAACUAAGAGGCAUUUUUACAUUUGUUAUUUUAAGACCAUUUUCUUGAUUUGGUUUAUGUCCUUCAAUAUUGUGUUUUUACCUAUAUUUAAAUAUACUUACAAGUAUGUGGUACAAUAAAAUUGUACAAUACUUAGAUCAUAAUUACAUGUAAUUCAUGAAGACUUUUGGAUGUACUUUAUUUUUUGUUUGUUACGACAAAGUUGGAACAUUGAAUAUUUGCAUAUUGAUUGUUAGUUUUAUGAAUGUAAAUGAUUUAACUUGACCAUAGACAAAAUGUUAUGUAACAUGUACAUUAAAGUGAUUUUUAUGAAAGAGACUUCGUUAGGUGUAUGCAGUGAACAGUUUACUUUUGUACAUGCCUUUCCAAAAGGAGUGAUUUAAAUUAAAGGGACUUGUUCACAGACUGGGACUUUUUUGAAAUGUGUCUGAAAAUGCAGUAUAUUUCUAGAUUUUAACCCAUUAAUGCCUAGUGUCUAGAAAGAAGGCCUUGGCAAACAGUGUAGACCCAGAUGAGACGCCGCAUCAUGCUGUUUGCUUAAAGGAAUUUCUGUAAGAAAUAUUCUAAAUAUAGAAAUAAAUAUACCAGACAUCCCUAAUUUUGGAAAUAAAUUGAUCCAAUUUAGAAGGAUGGGAGAGUCCACUAGGCAUAAAUGGGUUAAACUCGCUAGAUUUCAACCACAGAGCUUUAGAGCUCCAUAAUAAUUACAAAAAUAAAAUAUAUGAAAGAAAGACAGGAAUGUCUGACCAUAGCGUCACUUUAAUCGGUUUCUUUUGAAUUAAAAAGCUUUCUUCUAAACCAUAAUGCCAUCUGGAGUAGUACACAACUUUUAUAUUUGAUCAAAGGAUCCAAGUGUUGUGACAAAAUUUAAAGAAAAAACAACAACAAACAUAUCAUUUGUAAAAUCAUUAUGUGUUUUUAAGGGUGUAUCAUUUGAUAACUUUUAAGUAAUUAUAUUUCAUCAAUCGAACUGUAUUUUCAGUGUGGGUCUACAUUUUUAUUGUGUUAUAUCUUUCUCUGAAUUACCAUGUUCUCUUAUUUCAAAUUCUGUAACUAUGUUACUUUUUUUUUCUCGAAAAAUUGUCAUUUUUACAGUCUUUGAAUGAGUUUGUUUAAGAAAUUUUAAGUUUUUUACAAAUUUGAAUUAUUGUACUGCCAGUAAGAAAUGUUAGAAUGUCUUUAACCAAAUUUGCAUUUAGACUGCAACUCAAAAUAAAGAAAGACUAUGACCUCACCUUGUAAACAUGUAGUUGUUAACUUAGUUGGUAAGAAUUAUGUUUGCAUUUUAUUUGAACUUGUUACCGAAGCAUUUAUUUUAAAAUUUACUAGUCCUUGUAGUUUUGCAGGUACAUUAUUAUCCGUGUCAUUAAAGAUUUUUAGUCAUCAAUAGAAAGAAAUGCAUCAAAUGAAAACAAAAGGAUUCCAUGUGUUGUGUAUUUUCAUUUUUGCAAUGUCAUUUUUGUUCUUUUAUCUGUUUUAUAUUACUAUGUUUAGUGCUUCUUUUUCUCUGUUUUUAUUGGAUUGUUGAAAUCUAAAUUUUAUGGAAGAAAAGUGCAUGUAGAUUCUUAUUCACUAUACAAUGUCUAAUAAAAAAGACAACAAAACGACAACAAAAACAUAUUUUAAAAAUCCACUUCUUUUUGUGUGUUUGGUAUUAGUGUCAAUCUUGGAAAUAAUAGGUUGUUGACAUAAUUACUUACAAUCCAUAUCUCUUUUUGUGUUUUGCAUCUAAAUUGUGCUUAAAUGAAUACAAGUGCUACUAAAUAAUGUUGAACAGUAUUGCCACUUGCUGGUUAUUAUUUCUAUAUUUUUGGAUUUAUUUUGCCUUUUCUCAUUUUUUAGCUCACCUGUCACGAAGUGACAUGGUGAGCUUAUGUGACCGUGUGAUGUCCGGUGUCCGUUGUGCGUGCGUGUGUCCGUCAACAAUUUGUUUGUGUAGACAGUAGAGGUCACAGUUUUAAUCCGAUCUUUAUGAAAUUUGGUCAGAAUGUUUAUCUUGAUAAAAUCUUCAUUGGGAUUGUAUUUGGGUCAUCUGGGGUCAAAAACUAGGUCACUAGGUCAAAAAAACUAGGUCACUAGGUCAAAUAAUAGAAAAACCUUGUGUAGAUAAUAGAGGUCACAGAUUUCAUCCAAUCUUUUUUGAAAUUGAGUCAGAAUGUUUAUCUUGAUGAAAUCUGGGUUGGGAUUGUAUUUGGGUCAUCUGGGGUCAAAAACUAGGUCACUAGGUCAAAUAAUAGAAAAACCUUGUGUAGUCAAUAGAGGUCACAGUUUUCAUCCAAUCUUUAUGAAAUUUGGUCAGAAUGUUUAUCUUGAUGAAGUCUGGGUUGGGAUUGUAUUUGGGUCAUCUGGGAUCAAAAACUAGGUCACUAGGUCAAAUAAUAGAAAAACCUUGUGUAGACAAUAGAGGUCACAGUUUUCAUCCAAUCUUUAUGAAAUUUGGUCAGAAUGUUUAUCUUGAUGAAAUCUGGGUUGGGAUUGUAUUUGGGUCAUCUGAGUUCAAAAACUAGGUCACUAGGUCAAAUAAUAAAAAAACCUUGUAUGGACAAUAGAGGUCACAAUUUUCAUCCAAUCUUUAGGAAAUUUAGUCAGAAUGUUUGUCUUGUUACAAUCUGGGUUGGUAUCGAAUUUGGGUCAUCUAGGGUAAAAAACUAGGUCACUAGGUCAAAGUUAAAAAAACAACUUGUGUAAACAGUAGAGGUCACAGUUUUUAUUCAAGCUUAAUAAAGUUUGGCCAGAAUGUUAAUCUUGAUGAAAUCUGGGUUGGGAUUGUAUUUGGGUCAUCUGGGGUCAAAAACUAGGUCACUAAAUCAUAGAAAAACCUUUUAUAGACAAUAGAGGUCAUAGAUUUCAUCUGAUCUUAAUGAAAUAUGGUCAGAAUGUUUGUCUUGAUAAUAUCUGAUUUUGGAUUGUAUAUAGGUCAUCUGGUGUCAAAAAUUAGGUCACCUGGCCAAUUCUAGUAAAACCUUGUGUAGAUGAAAGAGGUCACAGUUUUCAUCAUGUCUUAAUGAAAUUUUGUCAGAAUGUAUUAAUUGAUGAAAUCUGGCUUGGGAUUGUAUAUGGGUCUGGGAUUGUUUUCAGUUUCUCCUAAAUGGAUCUGAACAAGUAUUGUUUCUUUUGUUGGAGGAAAAUAUUUUGCUUUUUUACAAUGAUUGCUUUUUCAGACCAUACAGUAAAUUAUAUAUUGGGAUUUCAAAACGAGCUGCGACUAUGCAUACUAAAAUGUGUUGUUACAAAAACUGUUCUUGUUAUUGACAUUUUCCCAAAAUAUUUCCCUGUGGGUUAUAUGUGUUAUUACAAAAGUAUGUUAUUGUGAUUAAAUAACAACAAAGUGGCUGAUCAUCAUAGUUAUUCCAUUUGGUACAACACUUCACAGAGUGUUCUUCAGAUUUUUAACCCCUUUUUUUUCUAAAAAUUCUUAGGGGAGGCAAUGACGAUGAACCGUUUUGUUAUUUCUUUUUUUUUAAUGUUCAAUAGACCAAAUACAUUUAGUUAAACUAAUUUGAAUUUUGCUCCAUUUACCUAAUUUGCUAUACAAUAUAAAUUAUUUUGGCCACUUUAUUACCAUUUUGUUCAAUGAAUGUUGAAUGUGUGUUAAUGUAAAGGUUUAUGUCCCUGUGUUUUGUUAGAAGGUCCCUUUGUUUUGUAGCAAGGUGCCUGUGUUUUGUAGCAAGGUGCCUAUGUUUUGUAGCAAGGUGCCUGUGUUUUGUAGCAAGGUGCCUGUGUUUUGUUGCAAGGUGCCUGUGUUUUCCUACAAGGUCCCUGCAAAUUACAUGGAUGUUCAGCAUCUAAACAAGUUGAUUAUGGAUACAAGGUUUGUUUGAUAUAAUAUAUAAAUAUCAUGAGGGGCAUUAGGGGUAUAUAAAAUUCUGUAGCCAUAUGAGAGUCUCAUCAACAGAGGCAGGACUUAUUACUAUAUCCCUCAACUAACAAGUAUAUUUAUUUUAUUACACUAAACAUGAACUGAAGUAUUAGUCAGGUUAAUGUAAAGGUUAAUGUAUGUGCCUAAAGUGUCAUCCCAGUUUAGCCUGUGCAGUCUGCAAAUGCUAAUUAGGGAAGACACUCUCCACCUAAACUAGAUUUUUGCUUAGAAUAGUCUUUCUUUAAACGAAAAAUAUCAUAGAAGAAGAAAUUGUCUUUCCAGAUUAGCCUGGGAAGACAGCACAGGCUAAUCUGGAACAACAUUUUACGCACAUGCAUUAAACCCCCUUUUCACAGAUCAUGACUCAAAUGCAUGACCAGAUUGGUGGAAGUCUGAUUUAUGACAGGUAAUGACAGGUAAAACAGAAAUGACAUCACAUUUUUUUUAAAUAAUCCAAAACAUAUGUAUUAUUACAUAUUGCCUAGUUUUUGAUUCUAUAUUAACACUAUGCAGUCUUUUCAAAACUGAUUUUUGUUUGUCAUACAUGCCAUUACAAGUAUAUUUAUAUGGCCACAUCUAUGGUAUCUUCAAAAGGACAAUCUCUGGCAGUCUACUUGUUUCCUUUUAUGGCAUUUAUGCUGUAUGUCAAAUUUUAUGGUAUUCAUGUUUUAUUUCAAAUGUUUUUUUUUCAUCUAAGGUAAAUAUCUUUGAGUUUACACAUGUUUACCUUGUUCUUUUUAUACGCCCGUUUUUUAAAAAGGGACGUACUAUAGUUUCACCCUUGGCGGCAUCCACAGCAGUGUCCGCUCUCUAAUUCAAAUAGUUUUCAUCCGAUCUUCACCAAACUUGGUCAGAAGUUGUGUCUAGACAAAAUCUAGGUCAAGCAUGAAUAUGGGUCAUGCCGGGUCAAAAACGAGGUCACGAGGUCACAUGGUGCAUUUCAAGCAUUAAGCAUGGUGUCCGCUCUCUAAUUGAAGUAGUUUUCAUCUGAUCUUCGCCAAAUAUAGUCAGAUGUUACAUCUAAAUGAUAUCUAGGUCAAGUUCAAAUAUGGGUCAUGCCGGGUCAAUAACUAGGUCUUGAGGUCACUUAGUGCAUUUCAAGCAUUGAGCAUGGUGUCCAAAACUUUUGAAAGGGCGUAUCUUGUGACAGUUUGGCUCUCUUGUUUUAAAUAGAUUAAUCUCUGUAGAAUUAUUUGAAUAAUUAUGUGCCUAUAGCAGCCUGAUAAUUGUAUUGAAAACAGAUUAAAUAAAUCGAAAAACCAUGAUAGAAUAUGUAAAAUUCAACAGACAUUGUAGUGAUAUUUUACUUUAUGAUUAAUUAAUAGUUUUACUUUAUCUGCAAUAGAUUAUGAACAAAGCAGAGGGGGUAUAUUGUUUUGCACAUGUCGGUCCGUCCGUUUGUCCAUCCGUCCACCAGAUGGUUUCCGGAUGAUAACGCGAGAAUGCUUACGCCUAGGUUCAUGAAACUUCAUAGGUACAUUGAUAAUAACUGGCAGAUGACCUCUAUUGAUUUUCAGGUCACUAGGUCAAAGGUCAAGGUCACAGUGACUCGAAAUAGUAAAAUGGUUUCCGGAUGAUAACUCAACAAUACUUACGCCUAGGAUCAUGAAACUUCAUAGCUACAUUGAUCAUGACUGGCAGAUGACCCCUAUUUUAUUUCAGGUCACUAGGUCAAAGGUCAAGACCACAGUGACUUGAAACAGUAAAAUGGUUUCUGGAUGAUAACUCAAGAAUGCUUAUGCCUAGGAUCAUGAAUCUUCAUAGGGACAUUGAUCAUGACUGGUAGAUGACCCCUAUUGAUUUUCAGGUCACUAGGUCAAAGAUCAAGGUCACAGUGACUCGAAAAAGUAAAAUGGUUUUCGGAUGAUAAUUCAAGGAUGCUUACGCCUAGGAUCAUGAAACUUCAUAGGUACAUUGAUCAUGACUGGCAGAUGACCCCUAUUGAUUUUCAGGUCACUAGGUCAAAGGUCAAGGUAACAGUGACAAAAAAACGUAAUCACACAAUGGCUGCCACUACAACUGACAGCCCAUAUGGGGGGCAUGCAUGUUUUACAAACUGCCCUUGUUAUUAAAUAGUUCUAUUUAAUAUACAUCCUCCUAUCAGACAUUGAACAAACAAUGUGAUUGUUACAAUCCAAUUCAUGGUCUUUAACCCUUUACCACUUAGAUACGUAUUUAAGCCUUUACCACUUAGAUACAUAUUUAACCCUUUACCACUUGGAUAUGUAUUUAAUCCUUUACCACUUAGAUACAUAUUUAACCCUUUACCACUUAGAUACGUAUUUUACCCUUACCACUUAGAUAUGUAUUGUUAAAAAUAGACACUGGUUUGUAAUUCUUUUUCAACAGCUUUCAAUGACAAUUUAAACUUUGACAUGACUCUUAUUGUAUUGAAAAGUAUGCCCAAUCAUUCAUUCCAAUCUUAAACUGCAUGGGACCCUUGUAUGACAGUAUAAAGUUUAAAAUAAAUUAAACGUUUAAAAUAAAUUGAACUAAAAUUCACUAGCUUCAAUUUAUUUUAUUGGUUUAUGCACAAUAUGUGUUUGUAGAGUAGGUAUAUGAUUUGUGUUUGGAGUUAAGAGUUUAAAUUAAAACUUAUCUUUACUGUUCUGUAUCAAAAUCUCAUAUUUCUAAUGGGCUUUCAUUUUUUACCAUGUCCAAUUUAUUUCUUCAAUAAAUGUUCUUAGUGUAUGUGUCCAUUUGUUUGUGCAUUUGAUUGUUUAUGUGAAAUAUCUUUAUAGAACAAGAUUGUGUUUACACUUUACCACUAAGAAACAUAUUUUUACGCAUUUGUUGUCCGUUUGAAAGUUAAAUUUAAUUACUGAUGAGCAGCAAACAGGAUAAAACCUGAACAGACUGCGAGUUACUCGAGUGGUGAAAGGUCAAGGUCAUCCUUCAAGGUCAGAGGUCAAAUAUAUGUGGCCAAAAUCGCUCAUUUUAUGAAUACUUUUGCAAUAUUGAAGAUAGCAACUUAAUAUUUGGCAUGCAUGUGUAUCUCAUGGAGCUGCACAUUUUGAGUGGUGAAAGGUCAAGGUCAAGGUCAUCCUUCAAGGUCAGAGGUCAAAUAUAUGUGGCCCAAAUCGCUUAUUUUAUAAAUACUUUUGCAAUAUUGAAGAUAGCAUCUUGAUAUUUGGCAUGCAUGUGCAUCUCAUGGAGCUGCAAAUUUUGAGUGGUGAAAGGUCAAGGUCAUCCUUCAAGGUCAGAGGUCAAAUAUAUGUGGCCCAAAUUGCUUAUUUUAUGAAUACUUUUGCAAUAUUGAAGAUAGCAACUUGAUAUUUGGCAUGCAUGUGUAUCUCAUGGAGCUGUACAUUUUGAGUGGUGAAAUGUUAAGGUCAAUGUCAUCCUUCACAAGGUCAAGGUCAUCCUACAAGGUCAAACAUCAUAUAGUGGGACAUUGUGUUUCACAAACACAUCUUGUUCACUUUGCUUGUAAGUGGGAAAGGGUAAAUACCUACAAGGUACAUGUUUUUGAACCCUUUGUUUUACAUUGAUUUCAAUUGGCACUCAUGUGCUUGUUUUCAUGUCACUUUGCUUUAUUAAGUGUAAUGUGACCUGAAGAAUAAUGCCGUUUUUAACCUCUUUUUCCAAAAAUUCUGUCCCCAUGUUCACUUUCUAUCAUUUUGGUGCAUGGAUGACAGGAUGACUUUAAUAUAUCUUUGAUUUACUGAUUAGAAGACAAAGCACUCUCACACUUCACAAAUAAAGAACAAACAAAUUUUAUAUGUGCCACCACUUUCAUAGGGGAGGCGGAAAACGGGCGAGGCAUGGUAUGGUAUUGCGCAAGAGGGGGUUAGAGGGUUAGGGUUUGGGUUAGUGUUAGGGGUCGGGUUAGGGUUAAGGUUAGCCUAAACCCAACCCUAACCCGACCCCUAACCCUUACCCUAACCCAUUUUUGGGGUUAUCACCCCUGACCAUGCCUCGCCCGUUGUAGUUUUCCGCCUCCCCUUUCAUAGGGAUCAAUUGACUAGGUUUCUAACAGAAAUCCCUUUCCUGUUUCAACCCAAUUUACCAAUUCAAUGCCCAAAAUUUGAUUGAUUAAAUUAUUAUAUGUCACAAAAAUGACAGAUCUUUUUUUUUAAUUGUAUGUUAAAUGAAGUAAAUUUUGAGUCUGUUUAUUUGUAUUAUGAUUGUGCUAGAUAUGUAAGAUAAGGCAAAACAUUAAGUCUAACAGCAGGCUGUUGUUAAUUUUAGUUAAAGAAAAACAGAAGUGUUGUGCAUACAUUAUUAAGUAUACAAUUAUUCUGAUCCAUCGAUUUCUAUUAUGUAUUUUUUGUUAUGAGCAUAAUUGUAGUAAUUGCACAUAUGUCAGUUUUUGAACACAGGACCCUGCACCAUAGCAAUCAAACUCUGUACCAGUGUUUUUGAAUUUACAUAUACACACACUGCCUGUUUUUCUUGUUAAUUGUAAUGUGAAUUCGCUCUAUUGAGGACUAAAACUGUUUUAUAACCAGCAGAUUUGUAAAUUGAUAAUGAAACCAUUUUCCAUAUCCUUAUUUUGAAUUUGUAUAUACCCAUUGUUAAAGCAGAAGAAAGAAAACAACAACUACUAUUAAAUUUAAAUGUAAGCAUGUCGGUUCUAAAGCAUUUUGUCAGUUUAAGAAAAGAGCGCAUGCCAACAAAUACAUUUAAAAGUAAGUUAAAAAAAGAUACUGUAACAUUGUAUUUUUUUUAAGAUUCUGUCAGUGUCCAUUUUUGUAAAAUAAUGUUGAUCAAGUAUAAUAUGAGAACUAUGUAAACAAUUUUUCUCAGAUUUUUAUCUUGUAAUAUUUUUUUUUAAAGUUUUUGUUCAGCUUAUUCAUUGUGCAUUGUAUGUUCUGAUUUUUGUGCAAUUCAUAAGAACAUGGAAUUAAAAUUUAUUUAAAAUU